AUGCGGUUUAAAGCUAAGGCGACUAUACAGAGAGGAAGGAAGGCUAAUUAUGAGCUGGGAGAUAAAUGUAGCAAAUUACUCGCAGGGAAACUCAAAGAAAAGAACAGGUCGGUAUAUGUCCCAUUGAUUAAAGGGAAAGAAGGACAGCUUCUAAAAAAACCUAGAGAGAUUGCCCAAGUAUUUGGGGAAUAUUAUGCGGCGUUAUAUAAUUUACCAAUAGAAGGCGAUAAACAGGUAGAGAUAGAGGAAUACCUCUCUGGGGCAGGAAUGCCUAGAUUACCAUCUUUAGUCCGAAAGAAGUUAGAGAGUCCAAUAACUGUUGAAGAGGUUGGGGAAGUUCUAAAGAAGGUGAAGAUAGGGAAAUCUCCAGGUCCAGAUGGAUUUUCGUGUAAGGAGAGGAUCCACCAGCACCUAAUAUCCCAUGGCGCCAGCCUGCAUGUCCUUCGAGCCAGUUUCGAUUUAGGAGAUCCGAGGGAUAAGUGGGCAGACUUUCUCCUCCAGUUCCUAGACAGCGUUUACUGCGGGGAGCUCCAGGAACUGGACUGGGCAUGUUUUGAGACGCUCAAUUUCUACCCUCCAGUUGGCAUAGCUCAGGCCAAGACCGACUUGUUCAACGGCUUUCAGACUCUUUUGGAACGGCUCAUCCGCAGCUCGCCGAAGCUAAGCCACAUGAAACUACCUUUCGAUUGGUCCGAACACUCGGUGUCUCUUCUUAGAAACUUUCAACAUCUCAACACGCUGGAACUCAACUACUUCUGGGUCUUCAAGAUCAAGCCAGAAACCAUGCAGGAACUCAUAAGAUUGCUCUUGAAAACUGAAGACUUUGGUCUUACAAGUUCUGGUCCCGGAGAAGGAAUUGGAAGUCUCUUACCCCAUAGAAUCCAAGUCCUUGGAGGUUUUAGACGUUUCUCAGAGCCGUGGGCUGGUGUUUAACCACUUGGAUUUACCAUCUUUGAAAGAACUGAGGAUUAAGAAAAGGAUGAAUGGGACUGUCAUGGACCUUGGAAUGCGGAAGUGUU